ACUAGAACAAUCCGACCCCAAUUAUAACCAGUAACGUAAAGUUGGUCUUGACCUUUGGCCAGACUCUUGACGACCAACUCAAGCCAAACAUCAGCGAAUUUAUAGAAAUCACCCAGGUACACCGCCCACUCGUGAGGGAUCGUCCAGUACCAUGAGUUCUCGGUUCGUGAUAUAUGUGAAAACGGGGGACCAGCGGGGUGCGGGGACGGACGCCAACGUCACCAUCGUGCUCCAUGACAGCAACGGUGUUAAAUCGGAAGCUGCCGACCUUGACAACUUCUUGAGAAACGACUUCGAGAGAGGGCAAACUGAUAAAUUCUCUCUUUCAAAAAGCAAAACUAACGCGAUUGGGCCGGUGAUCAACAAAGUUGAGUUUUGGCGCGACAGUUCGGGGAUUGGUUCUCAUUGGUACCUCGAUCUUAUCACUGUGGAGAACAUGACAACCGGAGAGACAUUCGAGUUUCCGGUCCUGCGCUGGAUUGAAAGUGACUUCCAUUACGUUAUCACGCACCUGGACACGUCACUUCCGCAGUUUGACGAACAGAAAGCAUUGAGAAUAAAAGAACUAAGCAAGAAGAAAAAGGUCUACGAGUACUGUCAAAGAGCGGAAGGGAUGCCAUCACAGAUAUUGGUGAUGCCUCCGGAUGAACAGUUUUCCUUUGAAUACAAGUGGGACAUUUUGACAACCAAAGUCCAGCUGAUUGCUACCAGCAAGAUUGUUUCCUUCUCCGCUGGAGAAUGGGACAGCCUCACAGCUCUGACAAACGUCUACACCAAGAAAAUAUUCCACACACCUGCAGGGGCUGACAGAUGGAGCAAUGAUAUCUACUUCGGCCACCAGAGGAUCGCCAGUCUCAAUCACUCGCUCAUCAAGUUGUGUAAAAGCAUUCCAGACAAAUUAGCAGUAGAUGAAGACAUGCUCAAGCCAUUAUUAGAAGGAGAGACAAUUGAAUCAGCAAUCCGCAAGAAACGUUUGUUUAUCUGUGAUUAUGAAAUAUUGAAGGACCUUCCUCAUCGACCAAACUUUGUUAUGUGUGCUCCCAUUGGCCUGUUCUUCGUUAACAGUAACAAGCGUCUUGUUCCCAUAGCAAUACAACUCUUCCAGGAACGGGCACCAGACAAUCCUGUGUUCGUCCCGACAGAUCCUCCCAACACCUGGGCAAUGGUGAAGAUGUGGUACAACAACUGCGAUGCCAUGUAUCACCAGUCUCUCACACAUCUAGGGUACACACAUUUGCUGAUGGAAGGUGUCACCGUGGCAACACAUCGGAACCUGUCUCAGUCGCAUCCUCUCUUCAAACUCCUCGCACCACACUUCCUCUACCUGAUAGCUAUAAACACCCGUGGCCUGGAGAUGCUCGUCUGUGAGGGAGGCUGGGUGGACAAGACAAUGAAUGGUGGCAUGGCUGGAAUGUUCGAGCUGAUUAAGAGAGGCCUGGAGCAAUGGCGGUUGGAUGUUCAUGGAACACUACCUGAAGAUCUGCGACGGAGAGGGCUUGAUGAUCUGAGUGUGUUGCCUGGUUACCAUUUCCGUGACGAUGCAUUGUUACUGUACAAAGCCAUCAAUGCUUAUGCAAGCAAAUAUGUCAAGCUGUACUAUGAUUCUCCAGAGAAAAUCACGGAUGACUGGGAACUUCAGAACUGGGGCCAUGAACUGACAAAAGCUCGAGAGGAAGGAGGCGUUGGCUUACUGGGAGUUCCUGCCAAUGGGAAGUUCACGACAACAGACCAGCUGAUUAUGGUGCUAACGACAAUCAUCUACACAUGCAGUGUAUCUCAUGCGUCUACCAACUUCCCCCAGUACGAGGAGUAUGCCUUCCCCCCAAACUACCCUGGUCUCAUGAGGGGCGUGCCGCCAGUUGACAAGUCUCCGAUGGAAGAGAGUGACAUAAUCUCAGCUCUGCCAGACAAGCCCACGACCCUGGACAUCAUGACUGUCACCAAGAUUCUCAGUCAAAGGGGCACCAAGAAUCUCGGAGACUUUGAGGUCCAGUACAUCUUUGACCCCAAGGCCAGGGACAUUGUUGAUGCUUUCCGUCAAGACUUGAAAGAAGUUAGCAAGACAGUGAAAGACAGGAAUGAGACGAGGAAUCCACCCUACAUCUAUCUGGACCCUGACAUUGUGCCAAACUCCAUCAGCAUCUAAUCACAGACAGUUCAUCAUCUGAUCAUUCAUGUUGUGCCCCAAAGAUGACCACAGCAAACCAUUCAUAUUGUACCCAUUACAAUACAGCUUAAUACAGCUACAAUUUGAAACUGCACUUUUUCAAAAUCUGAAGAUGCCAAUUUACUCCAUCCCUACUCUCUUUGAAUUUAAUCACAAGAAUUUUCUUAGUAUCCAUGCACAGUUCUUUUAGAACUAUAUGAUCCUUGAAGUAGUUGUUAUACUACUAGCACUUGUCCCAUUCACAUUUUGUGGAUUCCACUGAGAUCUUUUACAUUGUAGUCCCAGUAUCAUUACUUGAUGUAGUUCGUUGAUCACUGGAUUGUCUGGUCCAGACUCGAUUAUUUACAGACCGCCGCCAUAUAGCUGGGAUAUUGCUGAGUGCGGCGUAAACCUAAACUCACUCACUCACUCACUUGAUGUAGUUAAACCUUGUUAACCUGGAUGAUGCCAUUCCUAGUGAAUUAGGGGCUGUGGGGUUGCCUAGUGGUUAAAGUGUUCACUCUUCAGGCCGAAGACCUGGGUUCAAUUCCCCACAUGGUAUGAUAAGUGAAGCCCAUUUCUGGUGCCCCCCACUGUGAUAUUGCUGGAAUAUUGUUAACAGUGGCGUUAAACCAAACUCAGUCCAAGUGAAUAACUUUUCAGUAAAGAAAAUCCAGAUUGACAAGUACCAAAA